AGUGUUGAGUAGUAGCACUCACAUACCAGGAGCUAAGGAUGAUGCUCGCAGUCCUAUACCACUCCGCAUCUUUUAGAAUGUUUGCGAGUCAUCGUCCCGCUCACCUGCUCUGCGAUGUUGUUGUUUUAACCCAUUAUCAUUUCAAGUCACAUAAUAUUCUGUAACACCUAGCCGAGCUCUCCUGUACAUGUCUUCAGUGCACCUCUCCGGCGGCGGAAACUGAUGGUGGGAUACCUUACGCCAUUCACGCUACGGGCAACAUUCUACUCAGAAAACUUUCGCGUAGAUUCUUUUUCUCAUCAUCACCGAGGGGGGUAUUUUUCGUCGCGAUCGAUGUCAAAGGAGCCGUCGAUGCCCGGGACGUCAACGAAAUCGACGUUGUUCUCCAAAUUGUCUUGCCAGCAGGACUCGAUCGAGUAGGAUGUAACCUGGUUAUUUAUGAUGUCCCCCAGACAUCAAGGCGGAUAAUUGUUCCAGUUGGAUUUCGGUUGACAUACAUCUAGGGCGUUUUCUAAAUGGUACGGAGAGUUACCGGCGUAGCUACUCUCAGCGUACGUACUCAACCGGAUUUGUAUGAUCAUUUCUUUGCCUGACGAGAAGAUGUCUACGGACACAACGUCCACGAUCGCGACCGAAGUCGUCGAGUCAUCGGCGUCGCCGACGAUGGGCGUUCUAGGUUUAGCUUGUGAAACAUACCGCGCUACAAAUUUCAGCGCAUACCUCCAAUGUCUCUCAGAUCUAUUACCGCAAGAAGAUGAUGAUGAUGAGGAUCCUCUCAACAUCUCAUCAUCAAACCCAGACUUGAUGGGUCUCCACGUCACCAACAUGGGUAGCUCCCGUCCCGUCUUCAUCUUCCUCUAUUCACUUGUAUUUGUCGUAUCGUUUGUGGGUAACUUCGGAGUAUGCUACAUUGUCGUGAGGAAAUCUCGCAUGCGGAGCGUCACCAACUUCUUCUUGGCCAAUCAGGCGCUGUCGGAUGUCUUAAUGGCCGUACUGAAUAUUCCCUUUGUAGUGACCAAGCAAUUGACGAACCUGUGGGCUGUGGGUAGGGUUAUGUGCCACCUUGUCGACUACAUGGGUGUAAUGUCUGUUUACGUCUCGACGUUCAUCCUGACUAUCAUCGCGAUCGAUCGACAUCGUGUCCUUGUUCAUCCAUUACGACCUCGUAUCACCAUGUCCACUGCUAUAGUGAUAGCGAUAUCAAUAUGGAUUCUUGCCUUCCUACUAGCGAUUCCGUUUGCUGUGUUCGUGAAGUUAAUCACCUACAAGGUGGGCGAUACAACAGGGUACACCUGUAUUGAGAGAUAUCCUCUAGAGCAUUGGUCCACCAUCGAGAAUGCUACAGCCUGGAGCACUCUUAUCUUCCAGUACAUCCUUCCCUUCACCAUCAUUGCCGCUUCUUACAUCAGUAUUGGUCGUAAGCUAUGGUCCACCAGGGCUGUUGGUGACACCAUGGCCGCUCAGCAAGCAGCAACGGCUCGCAGGAAGAUACGAACAACAAGACUGUUAGUCCUAGCCGUACUUGUAUUUGGUAUCUGUUGGUUACCUUUACAUGUGUAUCUGAUAGUCACGCGAUACAUGGCGCACCACAAAGACGCCUUCACCUAUCUCUGUUGUCAUUGGUUCGCCAUGUGUAGCGUCUGCAUCAACCCUAUCGCAUUCUGUUUCCUCAACGAGAGCCUACGUUCCGACCUUAGGGUCACCCUUAGUAAGUUCGCCAGUCGCAUCCGGGGCACCAAGAAUGAUGGGGUCAAUAACCAGACGCUGUCGCAGGCGGGGAAUCCCCAUUCCGUGACCCAUCAAUCCGGUUUAACAUCCGAAGCACCCGGUUCCCCUCGCAUGGUCCAUAAACGGAUCGGUCCAUCUGAUGACCGGAAUGGUAAUCUAAUCAUGGUGGCGGCCAUUGCCGGGAAUGAUGACUUGCUACAAGGUGCCUCACAUGUUUAACAAACUUCCCAAACGUCUCGUUUCGGAAAAUUAUCUUUUGGUUUUUAUAUCUGCCCCGUCCAAAGUGUACAAUUUUAUACUAUGUAAUCUCCUUAUAAUGUCUCGCCACAUUACUUAGAGACAGAACAGAAGAAGUCAAGAAGAAACACCCAAAACCUUGGAAUGCACUACACUUGUUGUGUUGAAUAUUCAAUAGCCUUUGUAUUGAUUGCAAUUCAGUCUAGGGGUGUGCUCAGUCACAUUUGCCUACUUCAUGCUAGUUCAAUUGCAUCACUGUCCUUGUAUUUGAUUAAUUGAAUCAGUUUAUAUUCACACAGAAUUCUAAGCAUAGCAGAUUGCCUUUAAAAAUAAUGAGCCUAGAGUGUAUACCUAGAGCCACGAUAACUCGGAUGCUGCACUGUUAUAUUUCAAUGCAGGGACAAGUAUCAUAAAAAGUUCACAGUGUUUAAAGUAAGAAUAUUUUCCUCCGGCCACUGCCAUGAAUAAUUGUAACCAAAUUAUUGCUUGUAAAGACCAAAAUAAUAAAUCAUAAUGUCAGGUACACUUUACCAGAGAGAAAUAAACCUCGCCUGGCUCAAUAUUUCGCUUAUUUUUAGUCUUCUAAACGCAGUUCAUUCUUUUUUAAAAUUUAAAUACAACAAUACAAGAGUUUGUCGCUGCUCAAUAUUUGUUAAUUUACAUUCCCUUUUUAAAUAUUAUAUUAGUUUCACUUGAAUUGAUAAAAGGGGGAAUUUAUAAUCUUAAACUUAAAACAUUUGUGUCAAUAUGUUGGAAAAUAAGUGGAAGAGAAAUUGAAGAACAAAAAAGGAGAUGUGAUUUUAAUAGACUGCGUCUUUCACCUUUAUUAUUUUUUUUUCUUCAAUUUCUUGUUUAACCUAUUAAUUUUCCGAAAUCGGAAGGGAAUUGUAAAUAUGAUUUAUUUUCUCCGGCCACUUACUAAUUACAGAGUUUAGAGCGUUUAUAUUAAUGAAAAUGUUCAGUAAAUAUUUUAAUUUAUUAAUGGUUUUGAAUUAAUUUAUUUUCAAUAUGUUGUGUUUCUCGUCGUAUUUCAGUAUUAAUUUCAUCAAAUGAUUAAAAUUGAAAAUAAUCAUGUUUCGACAGUCUUUUAGACAGGAGUCUAUACAAAUAUAUCUUGAAAGUCUUUAAGUCAUGCAAUUCAUCUCACAUUUCUUUACCAAGAACUUUAGGCUAAUCUUGAUCAAUCGUUUAUAACAGCUCAUGAAAACAGAGUUCCGUAUUAGCAUCGCUUUGUUUCACGCAAAACUCAGAAAACGCAAUAAUAAGAUGGGUUAUACUAAAUCGAAAGGUACUUCUGUAAUAAAUUAUGUAAAUCAGAUAUUUAUUCGGCAUGCGGAUUUUAAGGGGAUCGGGAAGGGGGUGUGGACUGGGGGGGGGGGGGUCUGUAUGUACAUAUUAUUUUAAGUAAUGUUUGUCAUUGUGUGUACAUAACAUACACUUCUUUGUUGUACUAUAUCUUGAUGGCGAUAGUUUAGUGUAAAUACGAUUUCACAGACAUACUCUGGUAAAUUUAUUUCUUGAAUCUUAUUUUCCCUUUUCACAUAACUUUGUACUACAACAACGCCUUUCACUGCCUAUGCAUGUAUAGCUACUCUCUAUCAUAGCCUAAUUGGUCUCGAUUUAGACAAGAUUUAGAUCAACUUUAUUCUACAAUUUAUACACAAUUUUUUGUCGCAUUUAUACUGCUUUCACCAGCCGACAGUACGAGCAUCUUCGUACAUAACUGUAAAUAAAAUACACGGAUUUAUUCUCUACAA